AUGAAAUUAAAAUUUAAAUCAACAUCGAUAAUAGUGAUACUAUUCAUUUUAGUUUUAUUUAUAAAUAUAUCAUUACAAAUUAAUAAUAAUAAUAAUAACAAUAAUAAUAAUAAUAAUAAUAAUAAAAUCAAGUUUACAUUAAAUGGUAGCGAUCAAAAUACUACAGCAUCAACUUCUGGUACAGCAUCGGCUACAACAACAACUACUAAUGGUGUAACUACUAAUGGUGUAACUACAACAGCAUCAACAGCGGGUGGUUCAGGCUCAACAUCAACACCACCACCAACAACCACAUCAGCAUCAACAUCAACAGCAUCAACAUCAACAGCAUCAACAACAACAAGCGGAUCACAUAGCAAUGAAUCAUCUGAAAGUCAAGAAACUUCAGGAUCAUACUCAGGAUCAUCAGGUUCAUCAGAUUCAUCAGGUUCAUCAAGUUCAUCCAGCGCUCAUACUCCACCAAAAGGUAGUUCAAAAGCCUCAGUAAAAGUCCCAUUUGGCGGAUAUAGUUGUAACAAAACUAAAACAGAUUGCACUGGCGAUUUUUUCUACCCAAAGGAAUAUGCAUGUAGUCAAGAUUAUAAUCAUAAAACAUUAGGUAACUGGACCUUACAAUACUUUGAAAACACUAUACCAGUCGAUAUGAUUCCAUUUGUUACUGGUGUACAAUUUAUUAUUUAUGGGGUAGUUGGAUGUUUACCAUUGUUUCAUUCAACUCAUGUAACAUUUUCAAUUCAAAAUGUAGAGGCAGCAGUUUAUUCAACCAACUUUUCAGAUCAAUGUGAUUGCAAUGCAUGUUUUAAUACUCAUACUGUACCAUACAAUUCAUUUAGUAUGUUGGGAUAUAAUUCUACAGGUCCAAAUACACUAUCAGUCUCUGUAACCGAAAGUAGACUUUGCAUUUCCGAGUUGGAAAUUAUUUUCUAUUAUAUUCCACCUACACCAACCCCAUCCCCAACACCAACACCAACUCCCACACCAACACCAACCCCUGCACCAACUAAUCACACAGGACUUUCACCAGAAGAAAAGAAAAUCAUUAUUAUUACUCUACCAAGUGUUGCAGGUGUUCUUUUUGUAGCAUUGAUUAUUUAUUUAAUAUCUAGAAAAUGUUUAAAUAAAAAGAAAGCAGGUUAUGUUAGAAUUAAAGAUGGUAAAGAUAUUGACAUUCAUCAAAUUAAAGUAGGUAAACGUAUCGGUAAAGGUAAUUUUGGUGAAGUUUAUUUGGGUAUAUGGAGAGGUUCAAAAGUUGCUGUCAAAAAAUUACCAGCCCAUAAUAUCAACGAAAAUGUAUUGAAAGAGUUCCACAGAGAAAUCGAAUUAAUGAAGAAUUUAAGACACCCAAAUGUUAUUCAGUUUUUAGGAUCAUGCACUAUACCACCCGAUAUUUGUAUUUGUACUGAAUAUAUGCCAAGAGGAUCACUUUAUUCAGUAUUACAUGACCCUUCAAUUAGAUUGCCAUGGGAAUUAGUCAAAAGAAUGAUGACAGAUGCAGCUAAAGGUAUUAUUUAUUUACAUGGUUCAAAUCCAGUAAUUUUACAUCGUGACUUAAAAUCUCACAAUUUAUUAGUGGAGGAAAAUUGGAAAGUCAAAGUAGCAGAUUUUGGUCUUAGCGCAAUCGAACAAAAAGCACAAACCAUGACAAGUUGUGGUACACCAAAUUGGACAAGUCCAGAAAUUUUAAGAGGUCAAAGAUACACUGACAAAGCUGAUGUUUACAGUUUUGGUAUUAUUUUAUGGGAAUGUGCAACUCGACAAGAUCCAUAUGCAGGUAUUCCACCAUUCCAAGUUAUUUUUGCAGUUGGUCGUGAAGGUUUAAGACCACCUAUUCCAAGAGUAGGCCCUCCAAAAUAUAUUCAACUUAUUAUAGAUUGUAUCAGCGAAAAUCCAAAUCACAGACCUUCAAUGGAACAAGUUUUAGAAAGAUUAGAAGAAAUUGAUACAGACCCUUCAAGCUAUCGUGAUAUUGAAAUUACACCUCAAUCUUUUCAAGAUUUUAUAGGUAUUAACAAUAAUAAUAAUAAUAAUAAUAAUAAUAAUUAUAAAAAAGCUUCAAUCAGAAGUUUAGAAUAA